AUGAUGUCGGAGGAUACUGAGGUAAUAAAAGACCAAGUUUCUGAAGAGGAAAUGAUAUCUGAGGACAAAGACUCUGAUGAUAAAACAGACUACAGAACUGUAAUAAAGGAAAAACUUUUUAUUGUAUGGGAUAAGACAUCUUUGCUUGGAGAAUCUGCAACUUUAAGUCGUGAACUUACGCAGAAAGACCAAAAGUUGUUGGAGCGUAUGUUUGAUGUGAAUAUCCAAACUUACAAGUUGUCACAAACAGUAAUCCUUUAUGGAGCUGCUGGAGUUGGGAAGACAACAUUGUUAAGAAAUGCAAUGUUAGCAUGGGCAGAUGGUAAUCUCUACAAACAAUUUACCUAUGUUUUUUAUCUCAGUGGGAGAGAAAUUAGCCAAGUGAAGGAGAAAAGCUUUGCCCAGUUAAUAUCAAAGAACUGGCCUAACACUGAAGGCCCCAUUGAGCAGAUCCUGUCCCAGCCCAGCAGCCUCCUGUUUAUAAUUGAUAGUUUUGAUGAGCUGGACUUCUCCUUUGAAGAACCAGAGUUUGCACUGUGUAAAGAUUACACCCAGAAGCACCCAGUGUCCUUUCUCAUUAGCAGUUUGCUGAGGAAAGUGAUGCUGCCUGAGUCAUUCUUAUUAGUAACAACUAGAACCACAAGUUGGAAGAAACUGGUGCCUUUGUUGUAUAAACCUCAUUGUGUGAAGCUACCAGGACUGUGUAAAUAUGCAAGAAUGGACUAUAUUUCCAAUCUGUUGAAAGAUAAGACAUGGGCUAUAAAUGUGAUGGAUUCAAUAAGAAAGAAUGAGCGGCUUUUCAACAUGUGCCAUGUCUGCCGCAUGUGCCAGAUGAUCUGUACUUGUCUGAAGAAGCAAGAAGAGAAAGGUGGCAAUGUUGCCACGGUCUGCCAAAACACCACAGCUCUGUUCACAUGCUAUGUCUGCAGCUUAUUUCCACAAAUAGUUGGGAGCUCUAUUACUCUGCCCAAUGAAACACUGCUGAGGAACCUGUGCCAGGCAGCUGUUGAAGGCAUUUGGACUAUGAAGCAUGUACUCUACCAGAAAAAUCUCAGAAAGCAUGAUCUAACCACAAAUGAAAUCUCAGUUUUUCUGGAUGCACAGGUUCUUCAGAAGGACACAGAGUUUGAGAACUGCUACACGUUCACUUACCCCUAUGUUCAGGAGUUCUUUGCGGCUUUGUUUUACUUGCUAAGAGAUAAUCCAGGAGAAAAGGACUAUCCCUGCAAACCUUUCCAAAACUUGUAUCUGUUACUUGAAAGCAACCAUUCUCAUGACCCUCAUUUGGAACAGAUGAAAUGCUUUUUAUUUGGUCUAUUGAAUAAAGACCGAAUACGAGAACUGGAAGAAACCUUCAACAUUACAAUAUCUGUGGAGAUAAGAGAGGAGUUACUUACAUGUCUGAAAGCAUUAGAAAUAGAUGACUCUCUUCCAUCACAGCUGAGGUUUUCAGACUUGCUUCACUGUCUGUAUGAGACUCAAGAUGAAGAAUUCAUAACUGAAGCACUGAGCUAUUUCCCAAAGAUUGCUGUGAAGGUUAAUGAAGAAGCCCAAUUGCAUAUAUAUUCAUUCUGUCUUAAGCACUGCCGCUUUCUACAGACCAUCAAACUGACUGCAAUGGAAACGUUGGCAAGCAUGUUGAACUUAUACCCCACAGGUGAAACUUGCUCCAAGGAUGCUACUGUUCGAAUCACUCACUACUGGCAAGAUCUGUUUUCUGUGCUUCAUACAAAUGAAUCCCUGAGAGAAAUGCAUCUCUGUGAAAGCAGUCUUGAUGAAUUAUUGAUUAAAAUUCUAAAUGAAGAAUUAAGUCACCCAAGGUGUAAACUACAAAAACUACUGCUCAGAGAAGUCUAUUUCCUGAAUAGCUGUCAUGAUUUUAGUUUUUUGUCCUCCUGCCAUACCCUGACACAUCUUGACCUGAGAGAGACUCGGUUAGGCAAAAAUGGACUCGAGAACUUAAGCAAAGCCUUGAAAUGCCAACAAUGCAAAUUACGGGUGCUGAGGUUGGAAUCCUGUGGCCUGGAUUCAGACUUCUGUAUAAGUCUAUCCGAGGUACUCUACAGAAACGAAAGCCUGGUGUUUCUGAAUCUGUCCACCAACAAUUUGUCAGACGACGGAGUAAAGUGGUUGUGCAAGGCCUUAAACCCAAGCUGCCGUCUAGAGAGACUGUCCUUAUCAAAUUGUGGCCUCACAAAAGAUGUUUGUUAUGAUCUCUCCAUGGCUCUCACCAAAAGCAAGAGGCUGACACAUUUAUGCUUGACAGGCAACUUGUUGGGAGAUGAAGGGAUAGAGCAUCUCAGUGGUGUCUUAAAGCAUCCACAAUGUACUCUACAAAGCCUUGUGUUAAGGAAUUGUGAUUUCACUGCGCUUGGUAGUGAGUAUCUCUCCAUCGCCCUGCUGAAAAAUAAGAAUUUGAUACAUCUGGACCUGGGAUAUAACACACUCAGAGACAGUGGAAUAAAGAUUCUGUGUCGCACCCUUCAGGAGCCAACCUGCAGUCUUCAGGAGUUGGAGUUGAUGGGCUGUGUUCUCACAAGUGAUUCUUGUAUGGAUCUGGUUUCUGCUCUUGUGAACAACUCAAGCCUGUGGAGCCUAGACCUUGGGAACAACAACUUGAGGAAUACUGGCCUGCAAAUUCUGUGUCAUGCUUUAAAAGACCCAAGAUGCCACAUUCAGAGGCUAGGAUUGGAAAACUGUGGCCUAACCCCUGAUUGCCACGAGGAACUCUUAGCUCUUUUUUGUAAGAACCAAAGUUUGGUACACUUGAACUUACUGAAGAAUGGCCUUGAUUAUGAAGCAAUUAGGAAUUUAUGUACAGUCUUGAAGUCUCCAAUGUGCAAAAUGGAAUUUCUAGCGUUGGACAAAAAGGAAAUUUUCAGGAAGAAAAUCAAGAGGUGUCUGUCUGAUGUAAGAAUUAACAAUCCAAAAUUGGUCAUUAGGCCACACUGUCCUAAUACAGAAAGUGGGUACUGGUGGCAGUAUUUCUGA